GCGUGUCGUUCGUUUCGCGUUCCGAUCGUCCUCCGCCCGACGCUUUCCACCAACAAUAUUGCACGGAUAUCAUAACAAUAUCGACGAUAACAAUAUUUCACGACGUUUCGCGCGUGUUCCGUGUCGGUUUUCCGGAAAUCGUUUCCGUGGCUUUUCGCAGUGCGAUUUCUGACUGUCGAUAUCCGUGCAGAUAUACCAGCGGGAUACGUCCGGCCAGAUCGGUUGUGUUUUUAAAUUUUUUUCCCAUAUCGCUUUGUGUUUUCUUGAAGUUUACGCAUUACCGACAACAAUUUUCGGGACUACUUACACAGUCAUUUGUUUGUGCAUUGACGAGAAUAAUAAUUAAUACUGAGGGUGUGUUUUUCACGAGUUAUCGGUAUCCGUCGUCGCGAGUUUUGGAUAAACUAUUCCACACCCAUUCGCAAUCAAUUUAGUCACUGUCAAACUAUUAUUCAUUAAAUACAAAAUAAAUAACUUGAAAAUGUGCUGAAUUAAUAUUGUGCUGACGACGUUGAGUACGUAGCUUCAACAGAAGACAAGUCAUUCAAUUAUUAUACACCCCGAGCAAUCGAUACGUCUUAUCCCUUCCGGCCUUUGCUGCGGUGGUCGUCGUGCAGUUGUUCCGGUCAAACGUUUCGCGUCGCGGACCCUACUCCGUCUACAUAUAUAAUAAUAAUAUAUAUAUUAUAUACAUCGUAUCCGUGUGUAUUUCUGACAGCUCGUGACGAUAACGUUUUGCAUCGGUCGCCCACGCUCAGAUCGGCCAUCGAAUGAACGAGUUUGACAACGUUGAACGCGAAUCCAGUUCGCCACUGGACUUUGGCGUGGUGGACGUGAUCACCACGACUAUCGUGUACCUGACGUGCACCGUCGCGGUGUACCUGCUGUGCACAUUCGUGGAAGACGACACUGACGAAGCGGCCACGCGAGCGCCGGACGGCACCGGGACACCGAACACGGCACCACCGCGACCGGCGGCAUCAGUAGCGUCGGAAACACCGGCUGCAGGAGCCGGGGGAUCAGGAGCAGCGUCGCCUACGCCACCGACGCCACCGGCCGCGGCCCGACCACCGGCGGAGACAGGAGACGCGUCGCCGGCCGCGGUGCCGGACAUCAUGGGCCGCGAGAAACGCCGACGGUGAUCGGUGUCGCGGCCAAUGAACGGCCAACCGACCGCGAGCGCCGCGGCCGUGGCGCUGACCGCGGCGAUAGUGGCCGUGGUCGCGCUGUGGACGCCCGCCGCGUCUGCGUCCACGCUCACGCGAGUCGUGCAGACUCGGUACGGAAAGCUCCAGGGCGUGGUGCGCACCGUGGACGCGGCCGUGUCCGCGGCUGCUGGCGCACCACCGUCCGCCACCGUCGACACGUUCCUAGGGGUGCCGUACGCCACGCCGCCCGUCGGCUCCAACCGUUUCGGUCCCACUCGCACCCCAUCGCCUUGGGACGGCGUCCGCAUGGCCGACGCCCCUGGACCUGUGUGUCCGCAACGCUUGCCCGACGUGUCCAACGAAACGGCGGCCUUGCACCGCAUGCCCGUCGGCCGACUCGUCUACCUCAAGCGGCUGUUGCCGUACCUGCGCAACCAGUCCGAGGAUUGCCUGUACCUGAACAUCUACGCCCCUUCCCAAGGGAGCAGAAUCGUCCGCAAGUAUCCCGUACUGGUUUUCAUACACGGCGAAUCGUACGAGUGGAAUUCCGGAAACCCUUACGACGGCCGUGUGUUGGCCAGCAACGCGGAAUUGGUGGUGGUCACGUUGAACUAUAGGCUCGGCAUAUUGGGAUUUUUGAACGCCAACGGUUCGCCCAACUCGAGGGCCCGAGUGGCCAACUACGGCCUGAUGGACCAAAUAGCCGUGCUCCACUGGGUGCAGCAGAACAUUGCACUGUUCGGUGGCGAUCCGGAGAACGUUUCUCUGAUGGGUCACGGGCCCGGAGCCGCUUGCAUAAAUUUCUUGAUGAUAUCGCCGACUGUCGUCCCAGGACUUUUCCGUCGGGCGAUACUGCUGUCAGGCUCAGCGCUGAGCAGCUGGGCCCUGGUUGAGGACCCCGUGUCGUACGCACUGGACCUAGCCAAGCAGGUAAACUGCACAACCGACGGGACCGGAAACAACCCGGAACCGAUCGUGGACUGUCUGCGGGAAGUGCCCCUGGACCUGUUGAUGUCCGCCGGCAUCGCGCUGCCCACGUAUCUGAGUGCGUUCGGGCCCAGCGUCGACGGGGUGGUGGUCAAGAGCAACUACCAGGAGGACGUCAUCACCAACCUUCUGCCAGAGUUUGACGGAUACAGCGGGUCCAGCGUGGCUUUUGGGGCCCGAAAGUUUCAAAAGUUCGAGUUUGGCAGUGGCAUCAACAAGUACGACCUGCUGUUCGGCGUCGUCACGAGCGAGGCCCUCUGGCGAUUCAGCUCCAACGACAUACAGGCUGGCUUUGAAGGUGACCGCCGAGACAAGAUCUUGCGCACGUACGUCCGGAACGCAUACAGCUAUCACCUGUCCGAGAUAUUCUUCACCAUCGUCAACGAGUACACGGACUGGGAGCGGACAGUCCUGCACCCGAUCAACACCAGGGACGCGACGAUUGCAGCUCUGAGCGACGCCCAGUACGUGGCUCCUCUGGUGCACACGGGCGACAUGCUCAGCCAGCCGAAGACACCUGCCGCCGAUGACCUGAAUAAGGACCGAAGGACCAAAUCAUUUUUCUACGUGUUUGACUAUCAGACCAGAGACGGCGACUAUCCUCAGAGGAUAGGUACUGCCCACGGAGAAGAGCUUCCAUAUAUGUUCGGCGCUCCAAUGGUAACUGAUGGCAUGAAUCAUUUUUCCAGAAAUUUCACAAAAGCAGAAGCUUUAUUGUCUGACGCUAUGAUACUCUACUUGGGAAACUUUGCAAGAACUGGGGAUCCAAACGAUCACGAUGAUAAGCCCGAUUCCGGGUCCAAAGAGCGGAACAGGUUCCGAAGCGUCACGUGGGAUGAAUAUGAUCCUGUGCACCAAAAGUAUUUAGAAAUAAGCAUGAAACCCCGGAUGAAGAACCACUUCCGGGCGCACCAGCUGUCCGUGUGGCUACGGCUCAUACCGGAACUGCACCGAGCCGGCAUGGAGGACGUGAUGCUGCGGCACAACUUGUUCCGGAACCACGACGACGCGGAACUGUACGAGGGAGUGGUGAGGCCGGACCCGCUGUCCAGGCGAGCACCGCAGCGGGCUACGGUCAACCGAUUCACGGCCAACGGCACGGUGGCCGAGGUGGUGCAGUCGCUGACGACCACGGGUAGGCCGCAGUGGCCGGCGGCGGAAGCGACCACGUGCGUGCCACCGGCGCGCGGUUCGAACGCGGCCAACGCGUCCACGUCAGCCGAGGACGCGCUAGCCACACUGGGUGCGGCCGGAUACGCAGCCUACUCGACAGCGCUGCACGUGACUAUCGCGCUUGGAGUGUCACUGCUGGUGCUCAACGGCCUACUGCUGGUGAUCAUAUGUUAUCAGAAGGACAGGUUUAAGUGUUUGCAACAUCACCAGCAGCACCAGCACCAGCAGACGGUCGGUGGCCAAGAAGAUUCGGUAAGGUACAAAGCGGCCACCGUGCCGGACGACCGACUGCAGCAGUCGGCCGCAGUGGUGGUCGACAAGGCGGGCGGAUACGACGGGCGCCAUCAUCACAUGCAGCACCAUCACCAUCCGCCGGCUCAGCAGAUGCACCUGGCCGCGGACGCAGUGGCCGUGGACAUGGAACAGAGACAUCACCACCACCACGGGGCCGGCGGCCACCAUCAGCACCACCACAUGCACCACCAUCACGUGCCGGCCGCCACCGGGGGACAGCAUCCACCGCCACCUCAGACGACUGCGACGAUGACGACGACGACGCAACAACAGCAGCUGUCGGCGGCCACAGCAGCGGUGCGCAUGGCCACCGGACACGAUAUGACGUUCCCGAAGUCGGCCAAACCAUCUUCCAGACUGCUGCACGACCACCAGGUCGGUGGUGGCGCGGGCGUUGGGGGUGGCUGUCCACCCAACGGGUCGCUGGUGCACGGCACGCUGCCCAAACCACCUCCGCCGCCCAGGUCCUCGGUGGGUGUGCAGUCGCAGGAGUCGCAGCCUCUGCUUGUGCAGCAGGGCGUGGGUAUCGGGCAGAUGCCUAAAACCGGUACGCUCAAGAUGCCCGUGGCCGCCAUGAGCGAAAUGAGGGUCUGACCGUCGCUUCGGUCGCUUCUACUGCACGUGCAGUCGCCGUGCUCAUGCCGAUUGGUGCAGUUGGCGUGUAUAAUAAUAUGAAAUGGUACGACGCGCGACGGUUUUUAUACAGCACGUCGUGUUCGUUGUUGUUAUGAUCCUAUUGUCGUUGUCGUGGUUGUGGUUGUGGUUGUAAUCGACGCCGCAGUUUUAUAAAAUUAAACAAUAUUAUUGUUCGACUUGAAAAUAUUUACGGCUUGAAGACGUGUGGCCGUCCUCCGACGCGGUUCAUCGCAGCACCGGCAAAUGACGCGCCGCCGAUCGUAACGUGCGCGUUGUGCCUAUAUUAUAUUCGUACCACGGGCUCUGAUACCACCGCCGCCGCCGGUAGCGGUAUCAUUAUACCAUGUAAAUAAUAAUAAUAUUAAUAUUAUAUUAUAACAUAUUAAAUCGUUUAUUCCGAUACGUAUUAUUGUUGUGUUGUGGUUCGUCACUGUCGUAGUAGCCGAAAACGGUAUUAUAAUAUUAUUACGUUUCGUUCGUUUUAAUUAUAGAACAGUACCUACCUAUAAUUAUUAUAUUUAUGUUAUUAUUCUGUAUAAUAUAUGUAUUUGUAAUAAAAUAAUCGAUCGCGUUUGACUGUACGCCAAUAAUAUUGUGGUUCUGUAGUCUUGUUUUGAUACUGUAAUAUUUGAUUUGCGCAAAUGUGGUGUCCUCCGACUGGACGUGCCGAGAGUUUUAUGCCCGUGGACGGUCGACGGCGACCAAUAAUAAGGUCGGGUCGUAGUCCAACGCCUACAGCGACGUUUUUAUUGGUUCGUUUUUAUUAUGAAACGUAAACGACGUGACCGACCUGUAUGUAAUUAUUUUUAUGACCGUGCGUAAUAUUAUGUUAUGGACUUUAGACGAUUCAAAUAUAACAGUCAAAAGUCGUUUGAUAAAUCGUAUACCAUAAUAUAGGUAUUCUUAUUAUGUCGAGCAGGAAGUAAAUCGCACACCUUUAAAUCCCACGAUUUCAUCGUUUGUAAGGGGAUUUAUAAAUAAGUCUCUAGGAUAGGUUUAUCGUAAGGGUGUGAAAAAACGACAUCAGCUGUUGAUCUACUUGCUAUCAAAUCAAACCGUAGAAGCUGCUGCUCAACAAACUAUUAUGCGAUAUACAUCAACUCGUCGAACAAUAUAAUAUACGUAAUUAUUAAGAUAUUAAAAAGAGUUGAUGCUAGUACCUAUAAAAUAUAUAACUGCGGGAAGAGUAUAAUAUAUUGUAAUAUUGUUUUUAAAUAAUAUAGGUAGGGUAGUUGAUAAAAAUUUAAACCAACUCCCAUAAACGUUUCAAAAUAUAAAUAAUAAUACAUACCUAAGUAUAAUAUUAUGUUGUUUUAACUGUUCGACUAAACUUUUUCAUAAUCUUCGAUUGAUAUUAUAAUUUAAACAAAUAAAAUGUCUAAGCUAAAUUGUUGUAUUAUAAUAUUAUAUACAUUAUUGGCUCCACGUCUAGUUUAAAAUCUGUAAUUAAAAUCUGACAUAGUAUUUUAUAAAUAAUAAAUAAUUUACCCGCUAUUGUCGCAGAGUGCAAUAAUUUAGUCACAAUAAUUUUCCGUCGUUACAAUCACAUCUGUUUAAUUAUCAAUCCCAUAUUAUUAUUAUUAUUAUGUAUACAAUAGAUUCGCGUUCUGUACGAAUUUCCGGUGCAUUACUCCGUGUACGCCUGUCAUACGUAUAAUAUAAUGUCUCAAUAAUCGCAGAGAAAACUAAACUGGCCACACGUUAUCAUAAUAUUAUAUAGAAUAUUACCUAUGCCCGUAUAGACUUCGGCACCAUCCCUUUGAAAAGUUGACGCAGCAAAUCGAGAAACAUUCGGCCCGCCACUGUAUACACGUAGACAACGUCGGUUUUUUAAGGAAACGAUCUAAUUAACCAGAUGGAUAUAUUAUAAUAUCUCAAAAUCGCUUCAAUAAUAUCGUAUCGUAGGUACAUUAUUAUCAUAGAUAAUCUCCAGCUGAUAAUCAUAGAUAUAAAGAGAUAUCAUAAUAAUAUUAUGAUAUCGUAUUUUACUGUUGUAGUCCGUAUAGCCAAUCAACGUACAACUGCGUGCAGUAUUAUACUGUAGGUAACAUCGAUUCACUCCACAGCGUUUGAUUUUAGUAUUAUACAGAAGACGUUUUUUUGGAAAACAAUGUUUUCCAUCAUGAUAUAAUUUUAUUUCACUUCGAGGGUAGGGCGGACAGAGAAAAAAAACCUAAUUUAUAUUAAUGAGUUAUUCGGUUGCGCCCCGCGGACGGAAGGACUCGCGCCGACGCGGACGGUACGACUAUAUUGUAUUAGCCACCUGCCUUGUAAAAAUGAAUAAUUACAAAAUUAAUUUAAAUAAUUGCAUCGAAUCGGCCUACUGAAGUCCACGCGCCGCCAAUUUCUGGACGUUUCGUUUCAUUGUACAAUGUACAUAACAUUAUAAGUACUUAUAUUAAAACUUUUCAUUUCAUCAUCAAUGCGCAGUUGAAUAAUAUUUCUCUCGCCGUCAUCGACAAAAUCGUCGACAUCACAUUGAUAUUAUGUAUUAUUAUUAUAUUAUAUUUUAUUGUGAUUAUCUUAUUAGUUUGUAAUGUUACUAUAUUAUAUUUUAUAUAAAAAUAUUGAUGUUUUUUCAAAGUAAAUUAUAUUAUACCUACUAUGUUUUCACGUUUUGCGCAAAAAUGCUGCAAAAUAUUAUCAUUACAUUUAUAAGUUUUUUGAGUUUAUGAAAUAUUUCACGAUACCUGUUACAGUAACAUAAUAUAAUAUCCAAUAAACAUUAUGACCUACUUGAGCCGACAAGUUAGCUUAAUCUUCAAUCGGCAUUUAAACGAUUUUUAACCGUGAGAUUUUAAUUCUUUCAUUCAUAUUAUAACUUUUGACAAAAUAAUUUCUAUUUGUGUUUCGUACGGUAAUUCUCGACAAUUAUUGUUUGCGCACGCACACGUGGUAGAAAGACAAAACUAUACUUAAUCUAUGUUAUCAACAGUGAGUGGGACUAACUUAUGUUUACAAAUUGCUAUUUCAUUAUAUGAUCUAAAAUUGAAAAUACAAUUUUAAACUGGCAGGUGUAUAUUAUAAAAUGUAGGUAUGUAUUUAUUACGUCAUAAUUCUAACGUUUCGUCAUUAAAUGAUUUAAAAAAAACUGUGGGAUUAUUAUCACACUUAACUGUGCAAUAAUACGUAGGUACAUUUUAAUUUAAUGGACCGCGGACAUCGUUAUCCCGAUUUGUCGACAUUCCCGAAACACAGUCUCAUUUUGAUUAAAUAACUAGAUAUUCAACCAGGACACAUGUCAAUUAUAUCAUGAGCCCAAAUCUAAAACAAUCACAUUUUCAAUGAUAAUAACAAUUUUGCGACAAACUAUCACCAAAAAACCCUUACUUGCAGCAGUGAUUUAUUUCAUAAUUAUAAUAAUUUUUAGUCUAAUGCAAUAGGUAACCUUUUCCGCAGAACUAUGUUUUAGAAUUUUCGUAAAUAGGUAAAGUGUUUAAGAAUAUUUUUCGAACUCGUAAAAAAACAUAAAAUUAGAGAAAUGGGAGGUAAUUGAUGACAUAAUGUAGAAGAACAAGUAAAAUUGAAAAGAAAAAACAAUAUUCUUGUUAUCCUAUGGUUUUUCCUUUACAGAACCAUCGGUAUAAAAGUUUUUUUCUCUAGAACUACAAACAUAAUAAUAAAACAAAAAACUUUUCUUAUUACUUUGACCGUAUUAAAAGUUUGUUAUAAUUUAUUUAACAGAAAGGUUAAAGUGAUUUUUUUACGCAAAAAUCUCUGAAAAAGAAAUAUAUUUAUAUAUAUAUAUAUAUAUAUAUAUAAUAUAUACGUAAUAUUAUCUUCUUUUUUUUUAUUAUAUCAUUAUGAAUCAAAUAAAAAAAAUAUAAAUUUCAAACAAAUCUGAUUGAUUCCAAAUAAAAGUAUAAAACAUGUUCGUCAGAACUUUUAGAAUUUUUCAGAAAUUAUGUCAUACUGUUAUUAGGUUAUCGAUAUAAAAAUAUAUGUUGUAUUGUAAUUGGAGAAAAUAAUAAUAAUUUGGUCCAUGCCAUUAAAUAAUGACACAUUACCUUUAAGUCUUAAAUAUAUCCAACUUUUGUGUAUGUAUGUGUAUAGUGUAAAUAUCACAUUUCCGUAAAAUACUCGUAAUAAUAUUAAUAAUAAUAAUAAUAAUAAUAACUAUAACAUAACAAUGUCAGGAGAUUUUGAUGUUUAAUAAUUUAUAUUAUGCAUUAUUUAUCACAACUUUCGUAGCAGCUAGCGAAUAACAGUUGAAAACCGUAUAAAUUUCUAUUUCUAAUGCAAUUAUUUAUAAUCAUAAAACAAAAACUUUUAAAGGAUGUAUUUUGAAUUAUUUUCUUCCUUGUAUCCACACAUGUAUAUAUGAUUCUAUAUUUUAUGUUUUAAAAUGUACCCACCGUUCCGUUAUAAUAAUAAUAUUAUUUCUAUCCAAUACAAACUUCAGGUGAAAAUAAUUUUAAAAAAAGUGUUAGUCGAACCAAUUAAUUGACUCCAAUACAACGUGAAAAAAUAUUUACUCAGACAACAAUAAUAGUCCGAUAAAAGCGCAAACCAAAAGUCCGACGCAUUUUCAUUUCCAAUGUGUCAACGACAUGAUUUCAAAGUAAAUAACUCGUCAUGCACAAUAUAGUGUGGAUGGCAAAUCCGUAAUUUCAUUAUUAACUGUCGCUAUGUAUUAUAGCAGGUAGAUAGGAAACCGUAUGCGUAGAUAACCGAACGAUAAUAUAAUGAAUAUUGAAAUAAUUUAAAUGAAAAUCGUGAAUUACGCUGUCGGAAAACUUUCGGACUACGUCUGAGCACAGUUUAUUGAAGUCUUACGUAAACGAAUGAAACGGCGUCGCUACAUGAUGCAAAAUAUUAUUCACUGUACUCACAUAUUAGCAAAAUUAGCUUUCUUUCGUUUUAAGUUGACAAUUAUUAUAAAUUGCAUUGCCAACCUGAAAUACUUUGUAAUUGUUUAUCGAGUGAUUUUUUGUUCGAAUUGCUAAAAUUACCACCGCAGUUGAAACGAUUUUGAGUAAAUGCCAACAUCUCCAAUAUUCAGAGAAUACUAUUAAUAAAUUGAUGUGUGAGAUACCGUAAUAUUAUUAUUUGGUGGAGUCUUAAGAGUAUUGUUUUCGUUUUUAAAACGACUUAUCGCGUUUUUUCUCUUAAUAAAUUAAGGAAAGUAGAAGUACUAGAAUACUAGAUACCUAUUGCGUACGUAAUAACUAUAACCUAACUAAUAUUUUGAUAUUAUAUGUAUAUUUUGGUGUUGUUAUGUUCUGUAUUGUGUAAUGACGGAAAUCCGAGCAUUUACUAUGUGAAAUAUUCAUUGAACUACUAAAUUUGUAAAUACAAUUUUCGUAUCUUUUUAUGUUUGUUUAUAUUUUAAAACUAGCGAUUACAAUAUAUAUAUAUAUAUAUAUUAUUUAUUAUAACUGUAAACUAUUUUGUAAGUAGUACCUAUAAUAUUAUAUUUGUAUAAUGUCUAUCACUGUUAAAAAAAAAUUGUAAACUUAAACUAUCAAGAUGUUGUUAUUGUAACCAUUAUACACUGUUAAGAAAUUAUUAUUAUUAAUAUUAAUAUUAUUACUAUAAUUAUUAUGUUAAUAUUCAAUAAAUAUCCGUUGUGCAUUUAUAAAUAAUGUUGAACUUUUCUACCUAGAGUAUCAAGCAGUACACGUACAAAGAUAGAUUGUAAAAAAUGGCAUCGAUUAAUUUAUUAUAAUAAAUUUUGUUAGUAAACCAACACCAGUAAUGACCGAAAUCACUUAAUUAUCAGUAACCUCGUGUGCAUUUUAUGCCAUAAACACCUGAAACUAAAAUUCUAAAUUGUAUACCAAUUUAUUAUAGAUGCUAAUGUAAUAUGUAACCUACCCAAAAUCAUCAGACAUAGGAAAAUAUAAUUAUAGUCUCAUGGUAGUUUAUUAUAAGGUGUAAAAUUAACAAUUAUAAUAUACAAGAAAUGUCUUUAACGGUGACAAUGAUUAAUUA